UAGUUAGUUCUUUUCAAGUCACAAAGAUUAAAAUAUGAACAUUCCCCUCUUAGUUUUUUCCAUAAUAUUCAUCAAAAUUACUGAUUCUACAAUUAAAUUACAAGAACAGUUCAGUUGGUCUGCAUUAGAUUACAAGUACAAGGAUGAUUUUGAGAGGUCUAAAGCGAUUAGGACUAAACGAUUCGUUCCGGAAAAUAAUCUCCCAGUAGGAAUUGAAGUUUGGAAUGAGAAGCUUUUCGUAACAGUGCCUCGAUGGAAAGUCGGUAUCCCAUCAACCCUCAAUUACAUCAACCUCGAUCAAGCAAAAAACACAAAAUCUCCCCUUUUGACCCCCUAUCCCGACUGGGAUUCCAACGAGUUCGCCAAUUGUGAGUCUGGUCUAACAACGGUAUACCGAAUCAAAGCCGACGCUUGUGACAGACUUUGGGUCCUCGACACCGGCACUUUCGGUAUCGGUAAUACGACCCAAAACCCGUGUCCCUACGCCCUCAACAUCUUCGAUUUAACAACAAAUAAGAGACUCAGACGCUACGAAUUACGACCCGAAGACACCAACCCAAACACAUUUAUCGCUAAUAUAGCAGUAGACCUUGGAAGAACCUGCGAAGAUGCCUUCGCCUACAUGAGCGACGAACUCGGUUAUGGCUUACUCGUGUAUUCUUGGGAGGAAAAUAAAUCUUGGAGAUUCACCAAUGGGUUUUUCAUGCCUGACCCACUGGCGGGGGAUUUUAAUAUCGGAGGGUUGAACUUCCAGUGGGACACUGAGGGGAUUUUUGGACUUGCCUUGUCGCCAGUGUUGACAACAGGGGAACGGAUUUUGUAUUUUAGUCCUCUGGCAAGCAAUCGCGAGUUUGCAGUGUCAACAAGGAUUUUGAGGAAUAGUUCGAAGGUUGAGGAGAGUUAUCACGAUUUUGUGGCUUUGCCUGAGAGAGGACCCAACUCUCAUGUAACCGCCAAAGUGAUGAGUGAAGAUGGAAUUAUGUUAUUUAAUUUAAUUGAUAGAAACGCAAUUGGUUGUUGGAAUAGUCGGACUUCUUACGGACCCACAAAUAUCGGAAUUGUUGAUUCGGACGAAAAUGAGUUGCUUUUCCCCUCAGAUAUCAAAAUUGAUAAUUAUGGAUACGUGUGGGUCAUGUCUGAUCGAAUGUCAAAUUUUCUCUUAUCACAGCUGGAUUAUAACGAUAUCAAUUUCCGAAUAUUUGUGGCUCCUUUGCAAGUCCUCGUUUCUGACACCGUUUGUGACAUAAAAAUCGCUCAUUUCAAACACUUUGUAAUUUGAAAAUAAAAAAUUACAACGG